AUGAAUGCGCAAUUGGCGGCGCUCUUCGAGAAUGCCGUCGAUUGCAUCAAGCACCACGACCGGACGAACAGGCCUGCGGAGCAAUUCAAGUACUCCCAUGCGCUCGCUGAGUUCACCUACGUGCCACCCUACGCGAGGAACCAGACUAUGUUCCACGCAACCUUCAACAAGCCCCAGAUCGAGUUCAUCUGCAACCACGACGCUAUCCUCCGUCUCAAAAUUAAGAAGGGCUACUACCGCUUGACUACUCCAGGGACCGCGUCCAAUCCAUGGCGGAUGUCGAGCUCGCCUUCCGUGUCUCCUUCGACACCGCAGCUUGCGCGAGGCUCACCUCGUGUCUGCCCACCCCGCCGUCAUCAUUGGGCGGGACGCGUUCGUGCACUACCUCAACGAGUACCUCGUCUUCCUCCACCAGGCCGGCAACCAUGUCUCUUCUCCCUCCCGGACUUCGACGACGACCGCUACCGCCUCACGAUCGACUACUCGCUCAUGGGCGGCACGGUGCUCGAAGUCGACGACAUCUACGGUGUCAGCGUGGACAAGAUCAACACGUACUUGUCCUCAGUUUGGCUGAAGGCUGCCAUGCUCAUCGGCAGCGAGCUCGAGGACUGGAAGUCGCUCUGCCUUGCUGAGUACCGCAGCACUUGGCGCCCGCUUCCGGACUGGGACGGCCACUUCCACCUCCGCCUUGGGGCCCCUCGCGUCAAGCCCGUCUGCUCUCGUGAGGCUAUCGUCUACUUCAGUGUGGAUGAGGUUCUCUUCUACGAGGACGCGGACUUCACUAAAGAGCCACACCGUCGCUACAGCGGCUGGGAGAUCGCGGUCCUGGUCGAUAUCACCCAUGAGUUCGACGGCUUCGUCACUCGCUGCGUGCUCGAUUUGGCGUCUGCCCGCCCUUACCACGCUCAGUGCAAGUAUGGCGGCUUCGAGGAACACGACGAGAUUGCUGUGACGUACUGCACCCGCAUCGUCGAGUUCUUCUCCUCCACCUACCUCGACAUCCUGGAGACCGUCGAACUCCACGUGAUCUACUUCUUCGACUCGCGUUGGCCCAUCGCCGCAGCGGGCUCGAUCACCGUCAACGGCGAGGAGGCAGAUGACGACGAGUCCUUCGACGAGGAAGGCUGGUUAAUGUCUGGCGAGAGCAAGAGCACGCGAGUGAUCGAGUGGCGGGAGAUGAUCACGCGCUGCAACAUGUACGGCUUCGACCAGGUCAUCGCCCUCUCGCAGUCGACCAUCAACGCGUUCUUCCAGUCGAUCUGGUCCGGUGGGCAGAGCCACAGGCACAGCGACCAUGCCUUGGUCAAGUGGCACUACGAGGAGUUCUUCAACGCACGCUUCAAGCCGAUGACUCUGCGCCUCCUCAGCAACGGCCGCGCUAUCGUCUGGAUCCAUCUCGAGCACGGUCACCUCAAGGUCCUCAAGAACAGGCUGCCUUGGAGCGAGAGCGAGAAGUACCACUUUGAGGGCUGGCACCUCGCCUUCGAAGUGGACCUGAAGAAGGUCGUGCACUCAGAGCUCAAGUGUUCCGAGUCGUGGACCGCACAGUACAAGGAGUCGUCUGUCUACAAGGAGCACGGGAUCCGCGAGGACCGCAUCCUCGAGCACAUCAUCCUGGACCUGAGCCAUGCUGAGUUCCUAUACGAGUUCUCUAGCUUCGAGGGCCUCUUCCACCACUCGCACGGCCCUGCGCACGAGCACCGUCCCAUCGAGCAGGUUCAGGCUGUCGUCCACUACCUCCAGGGCCACUACCUGCCCCACCUCGCACACUCCGGUCUCAACAUCAUCCACACCGUGCCGAUCUGGAAGACGAAGACGAACAUGACGUCUGUCUCCCUGACCACCAUGCAUUUCCACGUCUACUCGAAGACCGAGAUCACCCGCCAGAACUGGGCUCACGUCUCUGGCAGCUUGGAGCCGGUCAUCGCUGUCCUCGGCAUGACCGAGUUCCGCCCGCUCCCCGCCCCUCGUCUUGAGUACUCGUCCAACCUGAUCAUCCGCGCCUCGAGGAAUGUCUCGUACGGCACGGUCUGCAUCUCUCGCUCGACCUUCAUGGAUAAGCGCCUCCUGGACCUCCUCAGCCUCAUCAACGCACGCACGACGGUCAUCCCUCUCUUCUCCGGUGUCGUCGACGGUGUAUGGCAGCUGCAGCUCACGACCUGGGCCGAGCACCAGUGGAGGAAGUCGCAGUCGUGCAAGUGGGAGGAGGUCUCUGAGCACGGCGGACUCAUCAAGUACAGGUGGCAGCACCGCGACGGCUGGAAGUACGAGCACGAGGGUACUGGCGAAAUCGACAACGGAACCUACUCUGUCCACUGCUCGACUCGCAACUUCGUCGAGCUUCCGACCGCGGCGAGGAACAAAUCCAUGGAUAUCAAGAUCUCGGGCGAGACCGAUCUCGAGAUGUCCUUCAAGUCCGCUACUCGUUCGGGAAGCUCGAAGUCGUCGGCGAAGUGGGGUGUCGUGAUCAGCAUUCAGAGCGACUUCGACGGUCUCAGCGUGAAGGUCAUCGGAUCCUUGUCCCCCGUCAUCGAGGCCUCGGCUGCGCACGUCCCUGCCGGCAUGUUCCCUGACCUGCGCCAGAAGCUCCACGAGCAUCUCCCGAAGACGAUCGACCUGUCCCAGGUCCUCGGCGAGCUCAAGGCCUUCGAGGGUGUCUGGCACUACGGCUACCCCGGCUUGCACGCCUACUGUCUCGCGAACCCCGUGUUCAACCACAAGGGAGACGUGAUCUUCGAGCUUCGCCCUCAGGGACAGGGUGCUGUCUCGCACCGUCACAACGGCAGCGCGAGCAAGGCCGACACCAUUAGCAGGCAGUCCUCGCGCGCGACUCUUUCUUCGCGGCCGUCUUUCUUGAGGAAGAUCAAGGACACGGUCACUACAGCCCUCUCAGGCAGCUCUCCUAGCUCCCCUGCUGCCGGCAACGGACACGCACAUUCCAACGGGAACGGGCAUUUGCACGCCAAUGGGCAGUCCCGCAGCGGUUCAUACAUGGCCAACAGCAUGACAUUCGACCUCACCGGGAAGCACGAGGAGCUCGUCGAGGAGAGCGUCGAGGAGAGUUCCUUUCUUGUGUCUGAGGUCUCUUCAGUGGCGUAA